AUGAAUGGCCCGAACAUGGAGGAGAUGCCAUUCGAAAGAGUCAAGACCCGGCGGAGGAAGGGUCACUGCCCGGCCGGCGCGUCCCUGGGCGCCAUAACCUGCGAGGACGAGUUCAACAGCCAGGAGCUGGAGUCCCUCUUCCAGAACUACAACCUGAAGCUCGAGCAGACCGCCACCCUCAAGGCGCUGGCGGUGCUCAUCGUGGCGGCGUCGUCGCUCUCCCUGGUGGAGCUGCUGUCCAGUCCGCGCCUCACCUUGUCCAAGGGCUCCUACCCGGUGCACUGCGUGGUGUUCCUGUCGCUCUUCAUCGUCACCAAUGUCAAAUACCUGCAGGUGACGCAGCUGCAGCAGAUAGCGAAGCUGGCCCUGCUCUUCAGCUUCACCUUUGCGCUGCUCUGCUGCCCGUUCCCGCUGGCGCUCGGCACGUCGGAGCUGCUGAGCGCCGCUGCCCCCGAGCAAGGCGUGUGGCAGCUCAUGCUGGUCACCCUCGUGGCUUACGUGCUGCUGCCGGUGCGCACGCUGCUGGCCGUGUUGUUCGGGCUGAUGCUGGCCACCUUUCACUUCAUCGUUAUAGCCACGUCGUUCACGGGAAGGAGACAGAAGCUGUGGAGACCGCUGGUGGCCAACGCGGUGCUGUUCACCAGCGUCAACUUGUCGGGGGUGUUUGUGAGGAUUCUCACCGAGCGCACCCAGAGGAAAGUCUUCCUGCAAGCCCGCAACUGCAUCGAGGAGAGGCUGAGACUGGAGGAUGAGAAUGAGAAGCAGGAGCGUCUGCUAAUGAGCCUACUGCCCAGGAAUGUUGCCAUGGAGAUGAAGGAGGACUUCCUGAAGCCGCCUGAACGGAUCUUUCACAAGAUCUACAUCCAACGUCACGACAAUGUCAGCAUCCUGUUUGCAGACAUUGUAGGUUUCACCAGCUUGGCUUCUCAGUGUACUGCUCAGGAACUGGUCAAACUGCUCAACGAACUCUUUGGGAAGUUUGAUGAGCUGGCUACAGAGAAUCACUGCAGGCGGAUAAAGAUCCUGGGGGACUGUUACUACUGUGUGUCAGGCCUGACCCAACCCAAGGCAGACCACGCCCACUGCUGUGUGGAGAUGGGUCUGGACAUGAUUGACACAAUUGCGUCGGUGGUGGAGGCGACAGAAGUGGAUCUGAACAUGCGUGUCGGCCUGCAUACUGGACGGGUGCUGUGUGGUGUUCUGGGCCUCAGGAAAUGGCAGUAUGACGUCUGGUCAAACGAUGUCACACUGGCAAAUGUGAUGGAGGCUGGAGGGCUGCCUGGCAAGGUGCACAUCACAAGGACCACCCUGGAGUGUUUGAAUGGAGACUACGAGGUGGAGCCGGGCCUCGGCCACGAGAGACAUGCCUUUCUUCAGAAACAUCACAUAGAGACGUUUUUCAUCGUGCCAUCACACAGGCGCAAAAUCUUUCCCGGGCUUAUUCUGUCAGACAUCAAACCAGCCAAGAGAAUGAAGUUCAAGACGGUGUGCUACCUGCUGGUGCAGUUGAUGCACUGUAGGAAGAUGUUCAAGGCCGAGAUCCCCUUCUCCAACGUCAUGACCUGUGAGGAUGACGACAAGCGGAGGGCCCUGCGGACUGCGUCAGAGAAGAUGAGGAGCCGGACGUCCUUCUCAGCCACGGCUGUGCAGCACUCCCCGGGAACACGAGUCAACCGCUACAUUGGGCGGCUCAUCGAGGCGCGGCAGACUGAGUCCGAGACCACAGACCUCAACUACAUCACCCUGUUCUACAGGAGCAGAGACAAGGAGCGCAGGUACCACCAGGUGUACGACGACCAUUUCAUCAGUGCGGUGGUUCUCUCUCUGAUCCUCGCUGCUCUGUUUGGCCUUAUCUAUUUGCUAAUGAUCCCACAGGGGAUGCUGGUGCUAUUGCUGCUGGUGCUGUGUGUGUGUUUCCACGUGGCCUGUGUCAUGUACCUGCAUCUCACCAGUGUUCAGUGCCAACCGGGCUGCCUCACCAUCCAGAUCAGAACAGUGCUGUGUGUCUUCCUCGUUCUGCUCACCUACUCUGUUACCCAGGCCUGUGUGGUGGGAUGUGUUCCUUGGGGCAGAGUUGGGACAAACUCCAGCCUCUUGGUUGAGGACGUCCCUGCAGACGACAACAGCACGGCGGCCGACAAAGCUUGUACCAGCAUGGCGUACGCCCUGCUGUCCUGCGUGGCCGGCACCCUCACUCUUGUCCCCUACCUCCGAGUCUCCUCGGUCCCCAAGAUCCUCCUGCUCCUCCUCCUCUCUGUCACCUACACCGUCGUCAUGGAGACCAGCGGCUAUCGCCAAGCCGUGGGAGGAGGGUUUCUCCACACACGGGGUUAUGAUCCUGUGUUGGCUGCCUUGCUGUUUUCUGGAGCUCUUGCUCUGCAUUCAAGACAGCUGGACCUGAAACUGCGACUCGACUAUCUCUGGGCAACUCAGGCGGAGGAGGACAGAGGCGACAUGGAGAAGGUGAAGCUGGACAACAAGAGGAUCCUGUUCAACUUGCUGCCGGCUCAUGUGGCUCAGCACUUCCUCAUGUCAAACCCCAGGAACAUGGACCUGUACUACCAGUCCUACGCUCAGGUUGGAGUGCUGUUCGCCUCCAUCGCCAACUUCAACGACUUCUACAUUGAGCUGGACGGGAACAACAUGGGCGUCGAGUGCCUCAGGCUGCUCAAUGAGAUCAUUGCUGACUUUGAUGAGCUGAUGGACAAAGACUGCUACAGGGAUAUUGAAAAAAUCAAGACUAUUGGCAGUACAUACAUGGCUGCUGUAGGGCUGGUUCCUACAACUGCCUCCAAGGCAAAGAAGUCCAUCACCUCACAUUUAUGCACAGUGUCAGAUUUUGCCAUUGAUAUGUUUGACGUCCUGGAUGCCAUCAACUACCAGUCUUACAACGACUUUGUCCUGAGAGUAGGUAUCAAUGUGGGACCAGUGGUGGCAGGAGUGAUUGGAGCCAGAAGACCUCAGUAUGACAUCUGGGGAAACACAGUGAACGUAGCCAGCAGGAUGGACAGCACUGGAGUACAAGGAAAGAUACAGGUGACAGAAGAAGUCCAUCGUAUCAUUACAGACCACUACGACUUUGUCUGCCGAGGCCAGGUCAGCGUGAAGGGAAAAGGUCAGAUGCUUACAUACUUCCUGGAAGGGCGCAGGCAAGGCAGCAGGCUGUCUCAAAUCCAGCACCAGUCCGGCAAUGCAGAGCGCCGGUCCAGCGCGUUCACCCAGGGCAGCGUUUGCACCCGGCUAAGCCCCGCCCCCACCGUGGCCACCUACGCUACCAGCAGGACCCCGAGCCUGAGCGUGGGCAAACCAACCACCUCCACCAGCACCACCAGGUACCUGCCCACUGUCCCCACGGCAACGGUGUGA